AAAGACUCAUCUCUACAAGCGUGGCAGGAGAACUCAAAUAUAAAAUAUAACUCUGACUAAAAAUGCCGAGAGUAAAAAAGAGUAAGAAGCCAAGGCAAGAUCCUGCACCCAUGGAAGUGGAGGAGUCUGAGCCGGAGGAGGCACUUUCGAGUGAGCCGGAGCCGGAUGAACAGGACGAUGAGCAGCCCCUUUCCUCGGACGACGACGGUGAUAUGGACCUGGCCAACUUUAAAAAAGGAACCAAAUCCGCUCCCACCAAGCCAGAGUCGAAAGAACAGGACGCUUCCUCGGAAGACGACAAUAAAGGAAAAGGGCCGAAGGAACAGGACGCUGUUCCCUCGGAUGACGAAGAUGAAAUGGACCUGGCCAACUUCAAAAACGGCUCCACAUCCGCUAGCACCAAGAGCACCAAGAAAGCCAAGAAGGGCAUUAUCUACAUAUCAAAUAUUCCCAAGCACAUGAACGUGACGCGCCUGCGUGAAAUCCUAGGGGAGUAUGGUAAAAUCGGAAGAGUUUACCUGCAGCCGGAGAAGCUGUCAAGUGCCAAGGCCAAGAAGAACAAGCGUAAGCGCUACAACAUCCACUUCACCGAGGGCUGGGUGGAGUUCGAGUCGAAGGGGAUCGCCAAGUACCUCGUCACCGUGCUGAACAACUCCAAGAUCUCCACGCGUAAGAAGUCGCAAUUCUACGACUCGCUGUGGAGCAUGAAAUACCUGCCGCGCUUCAAGUGGGUACACCUCACCGAGCGCAUGAACUACGAGCAGGCGGUGCACAAGCAGCGCCUCCACACAGAGGUCUCCCAGGCCCGCAAGGAGACCACCUUCUUCCAGAACAAUCUCGACAAGAGCGAGUUCCUCAAGAAGCAGGCCAAGAAGGCCAAGAAAUCUGAGAAGGCUGCCAAGAAGAAGGCCACGAGCGAGAGCGAGGACUGAGCCCCAGUUAGACUGACACUUUAAUGUAUACCUGAUUAACUAAGCAUCUGUAAUUUAAACCAAUUCAAUAAAUGGCUUUAAAUAGACCGCUCGCCGAUGUCAUAAUAUCGAUAA